UACGUUGGGUAGCGUGGGAAUCCAAAUGUGGUGAAGGGACAGAAAAAGAGGAAGAGAGCCACGACGCUAACUCGUUAAUCGAUAAAAUUGCCAACCCCUCCUUCACCGCUUCAACCGCUCCUUCGCCGCCGCGUAAAGUUUUAAACCGCCGGAGAGCCCAACCCUAACUGCAAAAAGAUAUUAACAAAUUAAGGAAUGGCUGCGUUGGCGAUUCCUUCGCCUUCUAAAUCGUCGUCGUUUUGGUCGUCCUCGUCGUCUUCUCUCUUCUCUCGUUGCUGUCUAAGCCACAAAAGCGUUGGUUUCAAUGAGUCUCGCUCUCGUAUCUGCGGUUCUAACACCUUCAAAUGUGACCUGCCUCAACCAGUGAAUUAUGGAAAUGGGAAGCCAACGAUUCCUAUCCUUAAUGAAAGGACACUGCCCAAGUUCUUGGAAUCAGCUCGAAUGGAGACAACUGUUAACAGAAACGCUGCCAGGCUUAAAGUGUUUUCUGGCACAGCCAAUCCUGCACUUUCUCAGGAAAUUGCUUGGUACAUGGGCCUGGAGCUGGGAAAGAUCAACAUAAAGCGAUUUGCUGAUGGAGAAAUUUAUGUUCAGCUGCAAGACAGUGUUAGAGGAUGUGAUGUAUAUUUAGUCCAACCAACAUGCCCUCCUGCAAAUGAGAAUCUCAUGGAGCUUCUCAUAAUGAUAGAUGCUUGUCGGAGAGCGUCAGCCAAAAAUAUCACUGCAGUGAUUCCAUAUUUUGGUUAUGCCAGAGCUGAUAGAAAGACUCAAGGGCGUGAAUCGAUUGCAGCCAAACUUGUUGCGAAUCUUAUCACAGAAGCUGGUGCAAACCGUGUUCUAGCUUGUGACCUUCAUUCUGGGCAGUCCAUGGGUUACUUUGAUAUUCCAGUGGACCAUGUAUACUGCCAGCCUGUGAUUCUUGAUUAUCUUGCCAGCAAGAGAAUUUGUUCUGAUGACUUGGUAGUGGUUUCACCGGAUGUUGGUGGAGUAGCAAGGGCACGUGCUUUUGCCAAAAAAUUGUCAGAUGCACCUUUAGCCAUUGUGGAUAAAAGGCGUCAUGGACACAAUGUUGCGGAGGUAAUGAACCUUAUUGGCGACGUAAAAGGAAAAGUUGCAGUUAUGGUAGACGAUAUGAUCGACACUGCUGGAACGAUUGCGAAAGGGGCAGCACUUUUACACCAAGAGGGGGCGAGGGAAGUUUAUGCAUGCUGUACUCAUGCAGUUUUCAGCCCUCCUGCAAUAGAGAGGUUAUCGGGUGGCCUUUUUCAAGAAGUAAUCAUUACAAAUACACUUCCAGUGGCAGAGAAGAAUUACUUCCCUCAGUUAACAGUUCUUUCUGUGGCAAACCUGUUGGGUGAAACCAUUUGGCGUGUUCAUGAUGAUUGUUCCGUGAGCAGUAUUUUUCAAUGAAAUCAGAUGGGAAAUCCGAAAGGAGCCUUCUCCUUCAAAAUUUUGCAUGUGCAACCUAAUGCCUUUGGCUCCAGUGGUGAAACUAGAUAUCGAUCAGAUAGGAAUAGGUCUAGAUUCCAAUCUGGCUUAGUCCAAGGAGGAUGGAGAAUCAACACACGGGUCUCAUAUCUCAUUGCUCCUUGCUCUCUGCAUCAGCAUAAUCUAGGUUUUUCGUAGUAUUAUUUUUUACUUAUGGCUAAAUUGCCUUCCUUUUUUGUUCUUUUUUAAAUGGAUACCCUUUUUUGCUCACUCACCAACUUAGCUAUCUUAUAAUUUUGCGAAUUACCUCCCAUCACUUGGAUGUUUUCUACUAAAACAUCAACAUAACUUGAAUCCCAAAACUCACCCAUUGCAAGCUGGUUCAAACCUUCAAAUACAGGUGUCUGGUGGUGCCGUUCUACAGAAUGCUAAUUGUUUCCUAUUUGGGACAAAAUUAUCUGACAACAUCCAAGAUUAUUAUAUCUAAGCUCUCCAAUUGUCAUUUGGACAACAUCCAAUAUUAUAUCUAAAGUUUCUUUUCAAGUUUACAUGUUUCCAUCCUUGUCAUGUCUCCAUACCUUGGAACAGCAUCAGAAUCUUGUAUAGUGGAGCAUCUUCCAUGUCUUUUUUAUUUUCAGUAUUUAUAGAUCAUUGUAUACAUAUAGUUCCUGCAACAUUAAUCUUGAUCUA